AGAAAGAGGAGGAGGGGAAGGCAAAGGCGUAGAAGAAGAAUUCGGCUAUUUCGUGUCCGUUCACUGAUGCUUCAACAACAUCCAGUUACCAACAAAGCCAACUUUUAAGAAUAGCUAUAUUUACAUUAUUUUAAGGACCGAGGAGAAGGCGCCUUCAUGUAUUUGCUGCAGUGACAAUGAUGGCCGGUCGGUGCAGGCUGCUGCCCUGCGCGUGUCUGGGGCUGCUGGCUGUCCUCUGCUGGGUCUGGGUGUCCUUUGCCUCCUUUGCCGAUGACCAGUUUCACCUGGACUCCGUGGAUGCGGUGGACCGAGGAGCCUUUCAGCCCCAGAGUGCUCUGUCAGACAUGGAGUUUGCUUCCGUUGCUUCGUACAGAGGACCUGGAAACAGUGACCGCCGCAGUAACAAGGAGCUGCCCAUUCUCCUCUGGUGGAGCGGGGGGUUGUUCCCACACUUUCCCGGGGACACUGACCGCAUUGACUGUGCCACGUCCUCCUGCCUGGUCACAAGCAGUCGCAAGGUGCAACUGUACAAACGGACAACAUCCAUCAUCUUUUACGGGACAGACUUCCGGGCCUAUGAGGCGCCGCUCCCUCGUCUCCGCCACCAGACCUGGGCCCUGUUCCACGAAGAGUCCCCCAUGAACAACUACAUCCUCUCGCACGGACCGGGAAUCAGGCUGUUCAACUAUACCGCCACUUUCCGCCGGGAGUCGGACUAUCCCCUGACCCUGCAGUGGCUGCCCUCCCUGGAGUACCUGCUGGAGCCCGUGGCCGUGUCCCUGGAGGAGAAGAACCGACUGAGGACGGAGGGUCUGGCUCCUGUUCUCUACAUGCAGUCUCACUGUGAUGUGCCGUCAGAUAGGGACAGAUAUGUCCGGGAGCUCAUGAAGUACAUUCAGGUGGACUCUUACGGGAAAUGCUUGAACAACAAACCUCUGCCCGAGCACCUGGAGGACACGGCCACAGCCACCGGCGAGGAACCCAGGUUCAUGAAUUUCGUCGCCCGCUACAAGUUCCACCUGGCGCUGGAGAAUGGCCGGUGUCCAGACUACAUGACGGAGAAGCUGUGGCGGCCGCUCCAUCAGGGCUGCGUGCCCGUCUACCGGGGCUCCUCCGUGACGGCCGACUGGAUGCCCAACGACCACACGGUGAUCCUCGUGGACGACUUCCCCUCGCCGAAAGCUCUCGCCGACUUUCUCAAACGCCUGGACGAGAACGACGACGAGUACGUCAGGUAUCUGGAGUUCAAGAACCGCAGGCGAAUUACCAACACUCGUUUGCUGGAGGCGCUGGAGACCCGCGAGUGGGGGGUUAAUGACAUGAGCAAACCGAACUACUUAAAUGGGUUUGAAUGUUACGUGUGCGACCAGGAGAACGCGCGGUUGGCGGCAGAGCGAGCGCAUAGAAAGGCCCCUGAGAAGAACCGACCCCCUCGGCCUAAAAUGGCCAGCAACUCCCACAUGGGAUGCCCACUGCCCAGUCCCGGGUACGGAGACGUCCAAGACUUGCCUGCAGAUGACGGAUGGCUGCAAAUAUGGCCUCAGGAUUACUGGCAGAGCCUGGACCAAGCAGAGGGGCUGGAGUCUCUGAUAAGACACAACGAGUCAGACCCUUCGCUGCUGUGGAAGCACAUCCAAAACAUGGCUGUGAACAGAGGCAGAGGAAAACACUGACGCAGGCCUUGAAACGAACCGAGCGUGGACGACAUCCAGGAUUACAGGGGCGUCCCGUAUUAUGCAUCCUUUCUGUAUAAAUGAUGGACUGAAGUUGAUAUUACUCAUAUUUUUGCACCUGAGCCAAACCUCUUGUACCCCCUGUGAGUAAUUAACUUGUACUAGAACAGACUUUUUCUUUAUACCAAGUUCUAUAAUAAGAAAAUAAUGUUUUACAUGCUAAUAUUUCCAACCUAUUUUAUUACCAUGACUGAGGUGCCAUUAUUGCCUUUUCGCCACUUUGCAUUGUUACCAUUAAGUGCAGUUGUUCCAGAGAGGCACAUACUCACGGGAAGCUGCUUUUGCGUUGGACUGGGUCAGAGCCAAGGACUCGCCCUCUGUACCGAGGGAGCUCUGCCUAACUGCGUGUGAAGACAGUAGCCAGUGAGCAGCAUUAGCUUCUUCACAGUCGCCCAGCAAGUAGCUGACGGUCAUUAGCUAAAGUUACAUUCAUGUACGCAGCUAUGCAAGGGAAAGCAGGAGGGAGGCAAAUGUAAAGCCUCCCAGUGGGGAAUUACAGCUGUAUUUGCAAAGUAGUUCUCAGGAGAAGCUUUGAUUUUUAUCAGGUGGAUACUGCAGAGUACGCCCCUGACUGUUUUCUGUUACAUCUUUACGUGCAAUAAUUUUUAAUCACGCUUUUCUACCUAGCUUGAGACGAGCACACUACUUUUUGUACGACACGUUUACACCAUAUGAAUCAUUUUAUUUUGUUAACAAAGCAUCAAAAGUACACGUGAACACAGUAUUUGUAUCAAGAGGAGCAAACAUUUUGUAACAAAGUCAUUUCGCUAAAUUAUAUCACUGUACCCCA